AUGAAACGUCGGGUGCAACGUUUGUUCUGUACUGAGCACAGCAAAACUGUUAUCAAAGUGGUAUAUAUUCUAUGUGCGGCUACCUUCACCACCUCUAUUAUCGUGGGAGCCAUCCUGAUCCACCUCCUCGUGUUACCCUUUCUACACGAAUCCGGAUUUGAACCGAGUACGUGUUACAUUGUGAAGACAGAACUGCAUAUGCCCGCGCUAAAAUGUGAGAACAAGUGUUCCAAGGAGAGGUCCGCCUUUCCCUGUCUUCGAGUGACCAUCCUCUAUGAGAAGCAAGGCCAAAAUAAGACGGGCCUGCUUUUUGACACCAUCGUUACCCACCAGAACUACCGACGCAACGGAGUAGGUCAUAUUUUUAAGGAAUCAUUGUCAAAUUACAGAAAACUUUGA